GUGUAGUAGGCUCGCGCGCACGCACAAAUGUCUGCAUAAUUCGUUUUCGCGCGAGUAAUGCCAGUCAGCUCCGUGCGUUUGUAUGUGUGCAUUGCAUAUAGGUACAUAGAAUAGCUUGAGCAAAUUCGUCUAUAUAUUUGUCGCUCUGCAGAACAGAAAGAUAUCGUUUUAAAUUUAAGCGGCAAAAAGGGCCCAAGCACUGUCUUAUUGAUACAAGAGUAAGCUACCUUUCUUCGCUUCUGUGUUUGUGAUAUAUAUAGGUAUACUCGGAGGAAGUGUGACGCAGAGUUUUCCGAGUUGAAUUGAAUAAAUCAAGGGACAAAAGAUGACGGAAACCGAGAAUAUCUUCCUUUUCGUGCCAAACAUUAUCGGUUUUGGAAGAGUUAUUUUGGCACUGAUAUCAUUCUAUUUCAUGCCAACCCAUUAUGCCAUUGCUGCAUGGUGUUACAUUAUCAGUGCUUUAUUGGAUGCAGUUGAUGGGCAUGCAGCAAGAUACUUCAAUCAAGGAACCAAGUUUGGUGGAAUGCUUGACCAACUUACUGAUAGAGCAGGCACUAUGUGUCUCCUCGUAACCCUUGCUCAAUUUUAUCCAGAAUGGACUUUUUGGUUUCAAAUAAGCAUGACAAUUGACAUCGUUUGUCAUUGGAUUUAUUUGCACACGACCGUUUUACAAGGAAAAACAAGCCAUAAGUUUAUUGAUAUGGCUGAAAAUCCAAUCAUGAAUAUAUAUUACACUAAUCGACCAGUUUUAUUCUUCAUGUGUGCUGGCAAUGAAGCAUUCUACGCAGCUCUGUACUUAUUACAUUUUACUGAAGGACCUGUAUUGAUUGGUAUAAGUUUAUUCAGAGCAGUUGCUUACUUGUCAGCACCUAUAGCAAUUGUGAAAGCUUUAAUAUCUAUACUCCAUGGUUAUGUAGCAUGCAUAAAUUUGAGUAUAAUUGAUGUAAAAGAGAGAGAAGCCCUUCGCAAAGCUAAAUAAAUUAUAUUUUGAAUUGACUUCCAACUUGCUAGUCAAGAUAAAUGUGAUCAGAUAAUCAUAUACAAAAAGACUUUGAUGUUAACCUAUGUUCCAAUCAAGUAGUACUGUCAAAAUUCUUUUAACAGUAUAUUCACAUAUAAAAUCUGGUCCUAGAAACAAUUGUCUUCACAGUAAUUAAAAUAUAUACAAUGCAGGUCAUUGGUGAAUAAAAAUUUGACUCUGUAAUAUUAAUAUCCAUUUCAAAGAAUAUCUUUUAUUUUAAAAGAUUUUUUAUUUAAAAGAUGACAACUAGCAAUUAUGUUGGUAAAAUGUAUAUUUUUUCAACCUAAUGACAUUUAGAUCAAUUACAUAAAUGCAGAAGUAGUUUCUUUGCAAAAAGAAAAAUGCAGUAUCAUUGUCUGCAAAAGUGAACCUACAAAAUUGUUAUGUAAGAAGUACUUUCAAAGACUUACUUAUAUUGAUGUAUUACAGAUAAAUGGAUCUCAAUUUUCAAAACAAAUAACCAUUCCAAAAGAAUGUUUUAUUUUAUAUUUUUCUACCAAAUUGUAAUACUCAAUACAAAUAUUUGCCAAAUGGUUACCAAUUAAUUAUCUUUGAAGUACUUCCAGAAAUCUGUAAUUUUAUUUAUGUUGAAGCAGAAUAUUUUUAAAUAGAGAAAUUAUUUUCAUAAUUGACCUCAAGAAUUACACUUUCACAAAUAUUGUGAAAAAUUACUGUAAAUUGAGAAAAAUAUAUUUAAUCAGGUCUAACAAUAUCUUACUUUUAUGCUAAAUAUUUUUUAGCACAACUUAUUGAUUUUUGUUCAUUAACUUUAAUUAUUGUAGUGUUAAGUAUUACUUAAUUAGAUGUUCCUUCAAUCAGAAUAAAAAUAUGCGCUAAUUAAA